ACGUGGGUCGGCGGAGGCUACAUCAACGGCUCGGCGGAGAAGGUGUUCGACAUGGGCCUCAUCUGGUGCCAGGCGCCCUUCGGCUACGCGAUCUCCCUGUCCCUCGGUGGAGCCUUCUUUGCGUCCCACAUGAGGAAAGCUGGAUAUGUUACCAUGUUAGAUCCCCUACAAAAUGCCUUCGGACGACGCAUGGGCGGUCUGCUGUACUUCCCCGCUUUAAUGGGAGAAACUUUCUGGUCAGCAGCCAUUCUCUCAGCUCUGGGAUCGACACUCUCCGUCAUCUUGGACAUUGGUAAUACUGUCUCCAUCAUCGUCAGCGCUGCCAUCGCGGUCGCCUACACGCUGUUCGGAGGUCUCUACUCGGUGGCCUACACGGACGUGGUUCAGCUUUUCUGCAUUUUCAUGGGUCUGUGGCUGACAGUGCCGUUCGCCAUGACCAACGAGGCCGUGGGUUCCCUAGCCCUCAACGAGACCAACUGGCUGGGCUCCAUCGAGGCCACGUCGCCCGAGUGGGGCCUCUGGAUCGACUACUGGCUCCUCCUCAUCUGCGGAGGCAUUCCCUGGCAGGUGUAUUUCCAACGCGUGCUCUCCGCUAAGUCGCCCAAACAAGCCAAGAUCCUCUCCUACGCCGCCUCCUUCGGCUGCAUUUUGAGCGCCGUCCCCGCUUGCCUCAUCGGCGCCAUCGCUAAGGCUACAGACUGGAGUAUGACGGACUUCGAACGCGCUCCAGAAGGCUAUGAAAAGAAACUAGUUCUUCCGUUGGUCAUGCAACACCUGACACCUGCUUGGGUCGCUUUCCUGGGCUUGGGCGCUGUGAGUGCUGCUGUCAUGUCUUCAGCCGACUCCUCCGUACUCUCGGCCUCUUCAAUGUUUGCGCGAAAUAUCUACAAGAAUGUAUUCCGGCAGCAGGCUACCGAGCGAGAGGUGAUCUGGGUAAUGAGAAUAGCCAUUGUUGUUGUUGCUAUUAUUGCCUGCACGAUUGGAAUUCUUAUCAACAGUAUCUACUAUCUGUUCAAGUUGUGUGGUGACCUUGUGUACGUGAUCCUGUUCCCUCAGCUGCUGAUGGUCGUACACUUCAGGCAAUAUGUUAACACGUACGGGUCCUUCGCGGGUUUCUGUAUGGGCUUCCUUGUACGCCUGCUAGGUGGAGAGCCAUAUAUCGGUGUUCCUGCGGUCAUCCAUUACCCGUUUUAUGACGCGGAGCACGGACAGCAGAACUUCCCCUUCAGGACCGUGGCCAUGCUGGUGUCCCUCACUAGCCUCAUCUUAAUUUCUGCCAUUGCCAAGCUGCUCUUCACGAAGGGAAUCAUACCAGAGAAGUACGACUUCUGCCACUGCUUUACGGACGCACCUUCAGACAAAGGUGAAGACAAGCAGGAACUCAGCCAAGACGACACUCUCCACGUAGCUUCUCUGAAGAAGGAGCAGUCCUCGCUCCAGGCAGCAGAGGGAAAGCUGUACAUGCCCUCUGCUUCUGUUGAGGACGGCCAUGCAAAUAAAAUAUGAAGAGUGACAUUCAGUAACUGAUAUAUGCAUGAUCAAGUUUCUUUCUGUCUUUUAUGAAAUAUCUCAUGCUAUUCAGUAUUAUAGCUGUGUAAAAGUCAGUGCAUCUUACCAGUCGUGCUGAUUGUAAACACAAGAUUGUAAAACACAACCUGGCUUAUCCAGAUGUAAAAGAUUGUUCGCCUUCCAACUGUUUGUGAUUAUCAGAUGACCAACAAGCACACUUCGUCAAUCGAAGCACACGGCGCCUAACUCAAUACAGUAUCUGGUUCAAAAGAGUAUUUAGAAUGUAUUCAAAGUCAUUCUUUUUUUAGCUGUGUAUUUACUUUUAGCUGACAUGAAUAUCUUAACAAUACUUUACAUUUUAAAAAAGGAUAUGAUGUCAGGUUUUCAAACUAUUUAAAUCGGUCACUGAUAGGGUGAGCAAUCUAAGUAAUGAGAGUUCAAAUAGUUCAAGGAAAGUCCACUGUAGGUUUUUCGCAGUUCUUUCUUUUUUUUUUAUUUUUUAAGAUAUGGAUAUUAUGGCAUAUUACUGCUAGAAUUAUACAACAUGACUGUCCAUGAUGCAUCUGAACACAAGGGAUCAAGUCUGUAAUGAUGCAUAAUCAGCAGUGUGUGUGUCCAACUUGUAUAUAAGAUUUUUGUUACUUGCAUUUGAGUUGUUAGAGAGAAAGGUUAUGGUUGUGUAUUGUGAGUAAAGAUGACCUCUCUUACAACAGCGCUAUACUUGUGUAAUAUUGCUUACCACGCAGAAAGGGAGAUAAUUGGAUUUCAAAAGACAGCAAUUGAUUCGAUUCGAAAAAAAAAUCAGACAGUUUCGUAUGUCUUAUAAAUUUUAAAUAGCUGAUAUUAAAAUGAGGUGAUUUGUCUGUAUGUAUUACAUGAACGUGAGUUGGUUUUCUUACACAUAACCUAAGAUGUAUAUGUUUUUUUAUAACCUGUUAGCAUACGUUUCAUUCUCACAUCUUCAUGCAAAGUGUGAGAAACAUUUCUUGCCAUUAGUUGAUCAUAGUGUGAAAGGCAGAGAGUUAGAUACAUGCACAUUUAUGGUAGUAAUCAUGAUAUCACAUAGUUUAGGUUCAUGAUAUCAUACCUUUGCCAAUGACGUUAUGCAUGUUAAUGAAAAGAAUUAAUGAAUUUUUGGAUAAUAUGCAUUUAGGUAUAACUUUCAAAAUGCUUUUAGUAUGGGUAUGUAAUGAAGCAAUAAUAAUUAUGGGAAGGUUUGUU